GUCUCCACCCUCCUGCCGCCCGCCUGCACCAUGGAGACCCUGCAGAAGCAGUGGCUGGAAGCAGUGUGUGCCCACGUACACGGGUUCAUUUUCCUUUUCGUGGGCCUUUUCUCAUUCCUUCUUGACCUCUCCCUUCUCUCCACACCCCUCUGGUCAUUGUCUGUUCUCUGCUUGGCAUGGCUCUUCCCAGAUUGGGACAAACCCAGACAAGGUGGGUGUUGGAAAGGGGCCCAUGUAGUGAGCCAUGGCAGCUGGGUGCCUCCAAGGCCUUUUCCACCCUUGUCUCUCUACCCUAAGCUGGUGAAAACAGCAGAGCUGCCCCCUGACCGGAACUAUGUGUUCGGUUCUCACCCACAUGGGAUCAUGGGCAUUGGAACCUUCUGUAAUUUCUCCACCAAGAGCACCAGCUUCUCCCAGCAGUUCCCUGGGCCCUCAGUAAUCACACUGGAUGGACUCUUCCACCUCCCAGUCUAUCGAGACUACUUCAUGUCCACAGGGCUGUGUUCUGUGAAGCACCAGAGCCUGGACUUUAUUCUGUCGCAGCCCCAGCUUGGGAAGGCCAUUGUCAUCGUGGUUGGGGGUGCCCAAGAAUCCUUGUAUGCACUCCCAGGGGAGCAUCACCUCAUUCUCAAGAAUCACAAAGGCUUUACACGCUUGGUGUUGAGGCAUGGGGCCUCCCUGGUGCCUGUGUACUCCUUUGGGGAGAAUGAUAUCUACAGACAUAAGGUUUUUGCCACAGACUCCUGGCAGUAUCUGUGGCAGACCAUCAUCAAGAAACUCCUGGGCUUUGCUCCUUGCAUCUUCUGGGGCCGCAGUCUCUUCUCGGCCAAUUCCUGGGUCCUGCUGCCCUUCCCUGUGCCCAUCACCACUGUGGUGGGCCACCCCGUCCUGGUGCCCCAGUGCCUCCACCCUACCAACGAGGAAGUUGACCCCUACCACACGCUCUACAUGAAGGCUCUGGAACAACUGAGGAGCACAAGAAAGCUGUGA